AGGAGCGAGAGAAACACCCACAAUAACCUAUAUUUUUCACAGAUUUUGAAGAUCCUGCGAUCAUAAAUAAAAUAAAUAAUUUACUGUUCAUAAAUUGUUAGUUUUUAUAGUUAUAAAUAGAUUUCAUAAAUAUAAGUCAUUGAAAUGUCGUUGCAAAAAUAUUUAAAGGAGUUGGAACAAGAGCCAUUUGAAGCUGAAGAGUUUGUGGAACGCGUGGCAUGGCGUGUUAUUGCAGAAACCAAACAAGAAAAUGAUUCUGAUGAUGGUUUCAAUCCUAUACUGCUUCAUGAUGCAUUUGUUGAUGCCAUCAAGGAUUUGACAUUGCUACAAGAAAGACAACACAAGAAAUGUGAACGUCUAGAAGCCGCUGUUCGUGACGAUGAGACACAUUUCCGACGACAAGUGCAUAAUCUGCAAGAAGACAAUAAAACCGCCGCCAAAACAUUCCGACAACUUGAUGAAAAAAUCAAUCAUGUUGCAACCAAAGUUCUACAUUUGGGAGAUCAGUUGGAUAGCGUCAACGCACCCAGAUCCCGUGUAGUGGAAGCACAACGACUUAUGGCACACUUAAAUGGUUUCAUUACCUCAGAAUCAGACACAUUGCCGUUAUAUUCUGAUCCCACUCGUAUUGAUGAAGCUGCUGAUAUCAUACAGAAAUUGUAUAUUAUUGCACAGGAUCUACCUACACCAAAGUUUUUAACUGUAAACAAGCGCAUUGAAAAGAAAUACGAUGAAAUCGAGCGUGCGCUAAUUGAAGAAUUUGCCACCAAGCAGCGUCGAGAUGAUUUAAAACGCAUGAAAGAAAUUGCCAAUGUUUUGUCACAGUUCAAAGGUUACUCACAAUGCAUUGAUGCCUACAUUGAACAAAGCCAAGGGGGUUGUUUGCUAAUCAAAGAUGUCUUCAGCUAUUUGCUUCCACUAUGCGAGAAAAACAACCAAAUUAUUAAUGAAGUCUUCAAGAAUCCAGAUCAAGUGAUGUCCAAAUUUAUCCUGAACAUUUAUCACCUAAAAUUAAAUGAGUACAUCACCAACAGACUCUCACAGAAUCUGGACACCUACAAUUUUUUGUGUGUUUUGUUUGAUUUAUAUUCAAAAACGAAUCAGUUGUCAUCCAAUUUAGCCGCGUUGAACAUUGGUUAUGAUAUUAAUUUCAUGAGCAAGCUCACUGAUAACAUUUUCAAUAAACAUAUUGAUAAUUAUAUUGAAUUGGAGCUAAAUUUGAAAGCUCGCAAUAGUAGCAAUUUGCAAAAGUAUUAUGAGAGCAAAAAUCACCAGAAGAAACCUAUUCAAACAGGCGGAUUCCAAGAUUUGAAACGAGAUCUGCAAGCAGUAAUAGCAACCAGAGCGAAUAUCAACAUUGCACAAAUUGAAAACUACGGCGGAGAGACUUUCCUCUCUGAAGAGUUGGCAAUUACUAUUUUACAAGAUGCAAAAUUGGCCUUUCAACGAUGUGCUUUAUUGUCGCGACCAGACGAGAGAUCACAGAACGCAACUCAAAUUUUAGACAGACUCUUAAAUUGUUUACUAUCAGAGCAUGUUGAUUACGCGUUGGAUUUAGGUCUACAGGCAAUUCCAGUUGUCGAAGGCGGCCGAAAUCUGCCUGAAUUAUAUUUCUUUACUGUCGUGCACCAAACAAAUAAUAUCACUCAUUUGUUGGAGAAGCAAUUUAGUGAUAUAGUUGUACCUUUGGUAAUUAAUACACCGCGUUAUAAUGAUUGUGUACAAAAAAAGAAGUUUGUUAUGGAGGACAUUGAACGCAAAGUUAAUACCGGCAUGGAUCGAUCGUUAAACGCAAUUUUAACCUGGGUGAAAUUGUACUUACAAGUUGAGCAAAAGAAAACCGAUUAUAAGCCAGAAACGGAUGAUUUUACAACUAUGAUAUCUCCACCUUGCAAAGUGGUUGUGCAGUACAUAAAUAGUAUGAUUCAGCAAAUAAAAGCGAAUUUAGAUGGAAACAAUGUGAAUGCAGUGCUUCAAGAGUUAGGAAUUCGUUUGCAUCGGACUAUUUAUGAUCACAUGCUUCAAUUUCAAUACAAUACUGCAGGAGCAAUGGUUGCAAUUUGUGAUUUGAACGAAUACCGUUCCUGUGCGAAACCAUUGGGACCCCUGGUUACAAAGUUGUUUGAAACUUUGCAUGCCUUGUGCAAUUUGCUGCUUGUCAAGCCUGAGAAUCUACAACAAAUUUGUUCAGAAGAUUCUUUGGUUGAUUUGGAUCGGUCGGUCGUCCACAAUUUCAUCCAAUUGCGCAGUGACUUCAAGAGCCAAAAGCAAACAAUACUAAAAAUUUAAGAAACGACUUUACUUGCCUUCGUGAAACGGUAACUGAUAAAAAAAAACUGUUUAAAAAAUAGACAAGAGUAUUCUUUACAUAGUCUUACAGUCGCUCCUAAUUUAUUAUGAUAUUUUUUAUAGCUAUACAUUAUAUUCAAAAUAAGUCAA